AUGGGUGUCCAACAACAAGUUGAAUUACAACCACAAUCUACAGUCAAAUAUUUUCAUUUAAAAGAAGAAGAUGCUUCAGAUAUAAACGAUAUAGAUAUUAUUAAGGAAAGUUCAGCUCCACCAAGGUUAUCUUUGAUGGGAUGGUUUGCACCACCACAGUAUACAGCAUUUCCAUUAGGUAAAAUUGUUAGUGGAUCAAGUAAAAAUCCGUUAUCACUAAGUGAAGAUAGUAUUUCAUCAUUGGACGAUAAAUCAAUUGGAAUUCAUACUCAACCAAUUCUUAUGGAAUCAUCGGAUGGUGAAGAUGGAGCAGGACCAAAAGAUUUUAAAAUAGAUAUACAUCCAACAUCGUCAAUGGAUAAAGAUAUUGAUGAUUUAAAAUAUAAUAAAAAAUCAACAAAUACAUUUUUAUAUUCAAAUGCAGUUACAAAUAAUAAUUCAAUUCGAUAUCAAUAUUCACCAGUUUAUUCCGAUGUAACAUAUACACUUUUAGUUGGCAUAGUAAUUUUAUUUUCAAUAGUAUAUAGUUUAUUAGUUGGACCAAUUAAAAUUAUGUUUGCAUUUUUAAUUUCACUUACAAUAUUUAUUUCAUAUACAUGUGCAGCACUUUCAACCAAUAAUAGAACAUAUUUGUAUUCAGUAACAGUAUUAUCAAUUGCAUUGGGUUUAACCAUUCCAGCAUUUUUCGCAGCAACAGGUGCAGUUGUUAUUGGUACAGAUAGAAAUAAAAUCUUAUGGGAUUCUCGUUUAUAUGCAUCUGAUUCAUUUUUAAUGGGUUGGUUAUGGCCAAAUGGUCAAAUGGCUAAAUUUGUCGAAGACAGCACAAUAGUAGGUCCAAGUUCAUUCAUUGGCAAGCUUUCUACUGAAGUCUUUCAAUUAUCUUAUAUUAGUUAUUAUGUUUGGGGCUAUUUAAUGGAAGUUUAUAUUUUAUGGAACCUAUGGAGAUGUCAUUUAUCAACCGACCCACAAAAACAAAGAAUGAUGCCAAUUUGGGAUCAAAGAUUAAAAAUGUUUAUUUGUUCAUGGAUCAGUACCUAUUUUAUUGUAUUCUCAAUCAAUCUUAUAUUCCCAGCAAUAAGUCCAAGAGUUUAUCUUAAGAAUUUAUAUUCAGAAAAAUUAACAGGUUUUGGUUUCGCUGGCUUUAUUAGAGAGAAAAUAGAUAACGCCGCUACUGGUAGUUUUGGUUCAUUCCCAUCGGGUCAUAUUGCCACAAGUUUUGCUGUUGGCCUUUCAAGUUAUAAAAUUUUACCUGCUUAUGGUUUUGUCUCUACUAUUUCCGCUAUUUUAAUUGCCAUAGCCACAAUGUAUCUCAGAUAUCACUAUUUUGUAGAUUUUUUAGCUGCUAUACCAGUCACUAUGUUUUGUUUAUUAUAUGGUGGUUAUUAUUCACCUUCCGAUUUCUUUAGUGUUUUUGUAAAAUGUUUUACUUAUACCAAAACAAUUAUUCAAAAAACAUUUCAAAAAAUUAAAAAUUUUUAA